AUGUUACCAUUUGCUUGGCCAUAUCCACCGGAACAAAAGAAUGGAUACUGGGGUAUCCCAACAUCUACCAUUGAUUGGUGUGAAGAAAACUAUGUUGUUUCUAAAUACAUAGCAGAAGCAGUAAACACCACGACUAAUUCAGCUUUCAUCAUUUUAGCCCUGUUUUCUAUCUAUCAUGCCAUUCACAACAAGUUAGAACCAAGGUUUAUUUUCACCGCAUUUGGGUUUCUUUUGGUUGGUAUUGGAUCCUGGUUAUUCCAUAUGACAUUGAAGUACCAUUUCCAAUUAUUGGAUGAAUUGCCAAUGAUUUAUGCCACUUGUAUUCCUUUUUGGUCCGUAUUUAGUGAGUUCAAAACUCCAAGACAAUCCAUCAUGGUGGCCGUGGGGAUUUUCUCGGCUGCUAAUUUGCUUACUAUCAUAUAUUUGUAUUUUAGAAACCCAACCAUCCAUCAAACUGCAUAUGGGGUGUUGAAUGGUUUUAUUAUUUUCAGAUCAAUUCAAUUGAAUUUAAGAGUUGUCCAUGAUAAGGUUGCAAGAAUGCAAUUACACAAGACUAGUAUAUUUGGUAUUGGUAUUUUCCUCUUUGGCUAUUUCUUAUGGAAUCUUGAUAUCCAUUUCUGUGAUUCGGUUAGAGCAACAAGAAGAGAUUGGGGUAUGCCAUACGGAUUUGUCUUGGAAGGUCAUGGAUGGUGGCACAUAUUCACUGGACUUGGUGUUUACUAUUCAUUGGUAUACGAAGAAUACUUGCGUUGUUUCUUGACUGGUACAGAAGACUACUACAAAUUUAGCUGGAGCUGGGGUUUGCCAGUCGUGUAUUGUAUUGAUAAACAUGGUUUGGAAAGACAUAGAGCUAUAAAGAAAUUGGCCGAAUAUGAUAAAAAGAAUUUAUAA